AAUGGAGUCGAAGUGGUCACUGGUCAGUAAUGAUCUUCAUGAUUCAGAAGACUAGAAAGUCUCUGAAUUCAUGUUGUUUUUAUUUUCAAUCAACAAAUUUGUAAUACCAAAAGACGGGGAAGAAAAAAAGAGAAACAAGAGAGAAUCGCAUCCGAUCUGAUGAAGAGGAAAAUUUUUAUGGUACUAAAAAGUGAUAAAAAUAGUGUAGUUUUUUACUUAUUGAUUGGGCUAACAUGAAUAGCUUUGAAAAUUGUAACUCUUCAGUCACCUAGUUCAACUCGAAACUAGGUUAAAAUUAAAAUAAUGUAUUUUUUAUUUUAAAAUAUUAAAAUAAUAUUAUUUUAUAUUAACCGAAUCAACAUUGAUGAACUUCACUACCUAUUACCCUAGCUUUGAACCGGUACUGAAUUUCAUAACUUUACCUCUAAUAAAUGGAUUGAGAAAGAAAAACCACUCAAACAAAUCCCAAUCUUGCAAAACUAUUGAGAAUAUUAAAACACCCAAAGGCCUUCAAUCAAUCGAAUACUGUGCGUGCGAUUAAUAAGGAUAACAUUUCCUAAUCUUGUACUUCGAGGACCACAAUGAGAGUUUCAUAUUACAUUCGAGUGUCCUCUACUUUGUGGCCAUUUUGUCUUGUCUUGUAGUUCUUCAGCAGCCAUAGCAAUGGCAAUGGCGGCAGCAGCAGGCGGCAAUCAGGUCCACAACGUGUUUGUGUACGGCAGCCUUCUUGCUGAUGACGUUGUUCGUGCCCUCUUGAGUCGCAUCCCUCAAUCCUCUCCAGCCAUCCUCAACGGCUAUCACAGGUUUAGCAUAAAAGGGCGUGUCUACCCUGCAAUUUUACCUGUGGAGAACAAGAAAGUCUCAGGCAAGGUUCUACAUGGCAUCACGGAUCCAGAAUUAUACAUUUUAGAUGAAUAUGAGGAUGUUGAGUAUGAAAGAGUCACUGUUGAUGUUUCUUUGAUGGACAAUUCUAAUAAGACACAAGCACUUGCUUAUGUUUGGUCAGACAAAAAUGACCCCAACUUGUAUGGGGAAUGGGAUUUUGAGGCACAAGGACAAAUCUCUUCAUGCAUGAUCAAAAGUAUUAGUCUUAGCGCAACCCCAAAAGGUAAGAGAACGAGAUGGAAUCGAGGUUAUAAUGCUUUCAUGCCUGGUCAACAACAGUAUUAUCUUGUUAAGAAACGUACUUGUAGAUUUGUCAUGGCUGCGUCAUUUGGUAAAGUCGCUGUGUCUCAGGUGAUGCGAGCUCAAGAUGGAAUCAGGCCUACACCUAGGUUCUUUCGUUUCUUUCUUCAAUAAAAAUACGCUAGGCUUUGUUGUAAAUCUGCUGGAUGAUCUUAACGGUAGUGGAGGACCUGCUGUGAAUUUAAGACUGUCUGCUCUGGAAGGGAUGAUAAGAAAAUGAGAAAUAGAGAUACUAGGAUUUUAUUCCAUGUUGUUUUAGGUUUGUGUUGGGCAAUGCAUUGCCAUUGAUGCUCCAGUCAAUAUUUCUGAUGACUUCAUGGCUACAUUUUCCUUUACUCUAUUUUCAUGCUUGCUUAUUUGUUUUUACUGUUUGUCAAAAGGAAUGGAAAAGGACACAGAUGGAGGAUUUUGCCAAGAUGUCUGCUGAGUUUAGGCAAGAUCUUGAGCAGCCUGAAUCAAAGACAAGAAUAGCCACUUAUGAAUCCUUCUAUCAGCAGGAUGGCGGUCGUCCCCUCAUGCCCUGA